GAUCGUAUGCUUUGUCUUAACGCGAUUGUGAUUUUAUCGAGGGUGUAAGUAUCAUAGUAACCACUGUGGGAAUUCACAGAAGACGAGGCAGUCUCUCCGAAGAGUACUGCCUCGUGCUAAAGCUUUAUCCUUCUCAUGUCACAUCCCUUGCUCAAAAGUUAAAGCUAUAGCAGGCGCUAUCUUCAAAGCGGACACUUAUGAAAGAACUCGCAUCAAAGAGUUCACCGACAAAAUGCCGCACAAAAGAUCAUUCCAAUCGCUUUGACUACGUACCUUUCAUGGUUUUGGCUCGAGCCACCCAUAUGUGUUUCUCUCUCUCUUUGACAUACGAUAGUAUAAAUCCAAGGUCAGUUUUACAUGUCUUGUCAUCACCAAGUACUCAUCCCGAUAAUCUCUCUUUUCCUGCAUACGCAUAACUUUCUACGAUGGCGUACAUAAACCCUCUUCAUCCCCCUGUUCCCAGCAGCGUUCACUCAUCAUACACUGCCCUUGCUGGUGCAUGCUCCGCGUAUCAACCUCCCUUCGCUCAAGCUCUGCCGCCCACCCACCGACGCCUGCCUCAGGCGCCAUCAUCGAAGGUGCCAACAUCUCGUCGUUCCCCUGCUUGUCCUGCUGUCACGUUUGACCUUUAUGGGGCUCCCUCGCAUGGUCUUGGCGUUCCAAUGUGUGAGCUGCUGGCUCGUUCGGGAGGUGCACUGGAACGUAUGCUCGUCGGUGCGAAUGAUGGCGUCGGUGCUCAAAUGAGCGGAUCUUUUGGCUUUCGCAGAGUCAAUCUCAAGAUCUUGUGGCCGGGAUAUGAGCAUCUUGAUCGCACUUACCCCCUUGACAUUCAUACUCCAGCUGGUCCUCUUACCCGCGGGCCACUCGCCGUCCAAGUUGCACGUGCAUUCGCGCGCUUCAUCGAGGAACUGCAAAGUUACUCCCCUGCACAGCACGGCGCCAGUUGGCGCUUCGGAAAUGGUGGGAUUGGUUUUAAUCGCCUCAUGCUUUCGGCGCUUUGGAACGUCCACGAUGAUGUAUGGUUGGCUGAGGUCAUCGUCGACUUUCGUUAAGCGGAGUCGUGGAUUUGACUCGUUGGUCAUCACCGCAUUGUAGCCCUAGAUAUUUCGUCUCU